AUGGAGAGGGGUACAAAUCGUAAUCAACACUGGGUUUCCCGGGAUGACCCCCUUGUGGAUUAUGAAGAGAGGAAAGAGGUACGUUAGAACACAGAUCAUGAAAAGGAUUUAGAGUCUUUUGCCAACUCGAUGAAGACAAGCAGAUCCCUUCGGAAAGUCUUUGGACGCUUUGCUGAAAAAAUCGCCAUGCAAGGGGUGGGCUAUAUGAAUUCUGCAAGAUUCUGGUAUUCAAAAGCUUUAUGGGUGUUCCUACCUCUGGUGGCAUUUGGCUGGAUGAUAUUUCAUCUCGUCCAUCUCAUAGCUCUGUUUCUGAAAUUGCCCGUUCAGACCAAACUUUCUUUAGGAUUCAACAGUCUUCAAUUUCCAGCAGUUACAGUAUGCAAUUUAAAUAUCGUCAAGAAAUCAAGACUCGGCUCUACCUCUGAGGAGUUGAGAAAUCUCGUCACCCUGACUGAUCCAGAUAGAUUUAAUCCCAGUGAUGAAAUUCUAAAGAGAACAAAAAGAUUUAUUGAAGAUUUCGAGAACAUCAAUUUUGACAACAUCACUGACUAUGGAGACUAUCAUGAGGACCCAAGUUACAGGGACGAAGGGUUCGAGGACGCUGAAAGGGAUGUCAUUUACAAGGUGGAAAGGACUUUUAAAAAACUCUAUAUGGGCAUGCCAAGGCAGAUCAGAGUCUAUGCUGGACACCAGAUACAAGAUAUGCUGCUGGCUUGUUCCUUCAAUGGCUAUGAAUGUUUUCCUAGCAAUUUCACAUUGAUAAAUACAUCUGAAUAUGGAAACUGCUUCACCAUAAAGUCAGCGAAUUUCGUCGUCAGGAAUCCGGGCCCAUCUCCUGGGUUGAGCUUGAUAUUUUAUAUUGAAAAUUGGGAGUUCCUUAAUGGAAUAACUCAAAGAUACGGCAUGCGUGUACAGAUCAACGAUAUAGGUUCAUACCCUAUGCCAGCCCAAGAGGGGAUGUUCAUUUCAUCCUCAUUUGAAACGCAUAUUGGUUUACGUUUAACUGAUUUAAAUCGCAUCCCACCACCUCAAAGAGAAUGUGAAGAUGGCAUAAACUUUAAGGCACAAAACAAAAUACAAUAUUCAAGAUCAGUGUGUCGUAGCUGUAAGCAGUCGGCCAUGUUGAAUGAAUGUAGGUGUUUUGCUCGAGAAUACAGGGAGCUCUUUCAUUUUACCAAUUACACCAAUAAAAAUAAAUGGUGCCGGACAAACAUAGAAUCUCUUUGUGUCAGAAAGAUAAUGAAGGAAUUUGAUAUGAAGCAAAGGCAGUGCUCUUGUUUGAAUCCAUGCAAUGAGAAAAAAUAUUCGUUAUUUCCAAGCAGUCGACAGUGGCCAACAACAGAAUAUGCUACUACCUUUAUUCAAGGCCUAUGUGAAGAAUUUCCCAGUAAGUGUGAGAGAAUCGUCAACCUAACUCGUGAUGAUCGAUCAUUAGGGUUCAAUUUUUUAAAAUUAAUUAUUUAUUAUGAAGAUCUUAAUUACCAGGUGUUCGAAGAGGAACUCGAAAUAGAGACUGUCCAGUUUGCAUCAGAUGUGGGUGGAGCUAUUGGUUUGUGGAUUGGUCUGUCUGUUUUAGCCAUCUUUGAAGUAGUUCAAUUUUUUGUAGGGCUCUGUGCAUAUGGGGUACACGUUUGGCGAUUCAGUAAUAGGAAAGCAAACGAAGAAGAAAAGAGGAAACAAAAAGAAUUGAUUAAAAACACAAAACGGAUAUGAUACUAAAAAAUGUCAAAAUUUUAUG